CUCCGUAUACCGAUAGAAACUGACACAAAUCUGAGAAUUCAAUGCAGAGAGAGAGAGAGAGAGAAAUAGCUGCCUUGAUCACAGCUGUAACAUAUUCUUAAAAAAAUCAAAAGUUUUCUGCCAACAUUAAACCAUUUUAGUUGACACCCACUUCUGAUAAUAAGGCUAUAGGGAGAUAGGUCAAAGAGUCAAAGUAUAUCAGCUAAAGGAAUCAGUAAUAGAACUUUGCUUCUAAGAAAGAAAAAGUUGAAGUUAAUAUAAUUCACAUGUCUUGGAAGAAAGGGAGUUGAGUCAAGUUGGAAUCUUUUUUAUUGUUUCUUGAAUUUUACCGAAAUUAAAAAUGGGGUUGAUUUCUGGGAUUCUGAUGGGGAUGAUAUUUGGAGUCGGUUUAAUGGCGGCUUGGAAACAUAUGAUGAGGUAUCGAAGCACCAAGCGAAUUUCCAAGGCAGUAGAGGUAAAACUAAUGGGCUCCCUCAACAGGGAUGAUCUAAAGAAAAUGUGUGGCGAUAAUUUUCCUGAAUGGAUAUCGUUCCCAGUUUAUGAACAGGUCAAAUGGUUGAACAAACAAUUGAGCAAACUGUGGCCAUUUGUUGCCGAGGCAGCCGAGGCUAUUAUAAAAGAAUCCGUUGAACCUCUUUUGGAAGAUUAUCGACCACCUGGGAUAACUUCAUUGAAGUUCAGCAAAUUGUCCUUGGGAACUGUGGCACCUAAAAUUGAAGGUAUUCGUGUUCAAAGCCUUAAAAAAGAUCAAAUUACCAUGGAUAUUGACCUUCGAUGGGGUGGUGAUCCCAAUAUCGUGUUAGGUGUGCAAGCUGCAAUGGUUGCUUCUAUACCCAUUCAGUUGAAAGAUCUUCAAGUCUUCACAGUUAUUCGUGUUAUCUUCCAACUAGCUGAGGAUAUUCCUUGCAUCUCUGCUAUUGUUGUUGCUUUACUUUCAGAGGUAUAGCCUAAUUCUAUCAUUGAAUAUGUUUCUUCUACUCUUCGGUUUGGUCCCAUUGAAUUGUUCUUAAUUCUUGUUCUGACAUUUUUUUUCUGGGGGAGACAGG